AAAAAAUAGCCGGGCGUUGUGGCGGGCACCUGUGGUCCCAGCUACAGGGGAGGCUGAGGCAAGAGAAUCGCCUAAGCCCAGGAGCUGGAGGUUGCUGUGAGCUGUGAUGGAAUAGCACUCUACCAAGGGCAAUAAAGUGAGACUCUGUCUCUACAAAAAAAAAAAAAAAGUGUUAUGAAGAGGUUACUGGUUUAUUUAAGGCCCUUCUAGUCAUGAGGACAUGCCAUCCUGUUCAUUGUUUAGUUUCUCAGUUUGUAAUCCGGGAAAUCUUACUGUCUUGGUAAAAGUCUCUGUAUAUAGAUAAUGGAGCCUCCCAUGUAGAGGAGUCCCAGAGGUUUAGAUCCUCUCCUUCUCUGCUUGACCGAAGCUUAGAUUUCUGAUUUUUCUGUAUCUUUGCUUCCUCCAAAACAAAGCUUUUUUUUUUUUUUAAUAUUCUUUAAUGUUUAACAGCUCUAUUUCAAAACUUCUUACAAAUUUCCUAAGACCUAGGAGACUAAUGAAAAGGUUUAGAAAAUAUUGUAGAAAAGCAAAUCAUACCCUGUGCAAAAAUGCUGGACCCGGGCAUUAUUUCCUUACUAAGCAAGUUCUUGGCCACAGGCAACCUAGGCUUUACUCUUCUCUUGUUACCUGUCUGGGUUCUCCUUACAGGUGGUUGCCUUUGGCCAAUACGAUGUUGCCUGUUUCAUUGUCUGUUUCUGUGACUUUUGUUCCUCAUAUUGUCCUUUUAGAGAAAUUUAAAGUCAUCAGAGAAUCCUUGUGACAUUCUCUUUCUUGAGGGCAGCCUGGCAGCUAUACCACUCAUUUUGAAAUAACAGAAUGGUACCAAAUAAUGAAGGGCAAAGAAAUUUGGUUGAGCUUAGAAGCAUUUUGAAGAGGUACGUUUAGAAUGGAAAACGUUGGGCGAGGGAGUAAAUUUUAAAGAUUUCUCUAGCUUCUAAGCAAGUCGUGGGAAGAACUUAACUUUAUAUUUCAUUCCUACUUCAUUUUGUGGUGCGAAGGCAGCUUGGUUCCCUUCACCAUCUGUGUGGUAACAAUAAUAAUAGUAGGAAUAAUCGGCAUUUAUUUAGUAUUUGAUAUGUACUAGGUUCUUUGGUACUCGCUGAAUGUACAUGAUCUCAUCUAAUCCUCACAAUCAGUGCUCUCAGGCAGAUGAUACCAUUAUUCUCAAUUUACAGAGGAGGCUUAGAUUUACAGAGUAAAUUUAAGUCAUUUGUUCAAGAUCACACAGCUAGAAAAAGAUGUAAUUAAGGUCUCCUUUUUUCAGAAGUCCAUAUUCUACACUACCAGUCACCCUGCCUCCUCUCCAAAUGGCUAACAAAUUGAUGACAUGAGAAGUUCCCUAGAGACAAACUGUGUUUGAGGUCAAGUAACCUGGUUUGGUUAUGAAAGUCCUCGUAGCUUCUGGGACUACAUCAGAGUGGCUUGCCGGAAAGUUUCACAGAAUUGUAUUUGCAGCAUUGAAAAUAUGGAGAAUGUCAGUUCUUCUAGAGCUAAGGGUAGAGCCUGGAUCAGAGUAGCACUCAUGGAAAAACAUUUAUCUGAAUACAUCUCUACUGCUCUGAGAGACUUCAAAACAACCAGGAGAUUUUAUGAAGAUGGAGCAAUUGUCUUGGGUGAGGAAGCAAAUAUGCUUGCUGGCAUGCUGCUAGGACUCAAUGCUAUUGAUUUCAGCUUCUGCCUAAAAGGAGAGGGAUUGGAUGGCAACUUUCCUGCUGUAAUAGACUAUACACCAUAUUUGAAGUUUACCCAAAGUUCUGAUAGCAUCAGCAGUGAUGAGGAGGAGCUGAGGACUUUGGGAAGCAGUAGCAGUGAAAGCAGUACUCCAGAGAGUGUCGGGCCUCCCUUCAUCAUGGACGAGAACAGCUGGUUCAACAAGUGUAAGAGAGUUAAACAGAAGUAUCAGCUUACCCUGGAACAGAAGGGUUAUCUUGAAGAACUCUUACGACUUCGAGAGAACCAGCUAUCUGAAUCUGUCUCUCAGAAUAAAAUACUACUUCAAAGGAUUGAAGAUUCUGAUCUGGCCCACAAAUUGGAGAAGGAACAAUUAGAGUAUAUAAUUUUGGAGCUUCAAGAUCAGCUGACUGUGCUAAAGAAUAAUGAUUUAAGAUCAAGACAAGAGUUAACUGCCCAUCUCACCAACCAGUGGCCUUCCCCAGGAGCUCUGGAUGUCAAUGCUGUUGCCUUGGAUACGUUGCUUUACCGAAAACACAAUAAACAGUGGUAUGAGAGAAGUUAUCAGAGUCUUGACCAGUUAUCAGCAGAAGUUAGCCUUUCUCAGACUUCACUGGAUCCAGGCCAGUCACAAGAAGAUGAUGUAAAACAAGACACAUUACAUUUAAUAAGUAAAGGUAAAGAAGAUACUCCCUCAUUACUUGGUCUCUGUGGGUCUCUAACAUCAGUGGCAAGUUACAAGUCACUAACAAGCCAAAAAUCUAAUGAUUACCUUGCAAGUCCUAUAACAGAUAUGACAAGUCCAGGCCUGACUCCAUCCUGAAAAAUUUUAUGUAAAAGCCAAAAGUUUUUAUGUUGUAAAUGUUCAAUUUACAUAAGUUUAACUGCUGGGAAGAUCUUUGAAAUUUUAUAUUGUUCUGCUGUGUGUCUGGAAUUCUUUGCUUAGUUCAAUCCACUCCAUGUAAACUUAUAAAUGAAAAACACAACCACCUUGCCGUUUUUCAUUUUAAAAAUUCUUAUAUUUGUCACUGAGUUGGUUUAAAAAUGAACAAGCUUAAAAAAUCUUUCAAAGAUCCUCCAGUUAACAAUUCAUUGCAAAUUGUACAUAUUUAUUAUUCAGCUGAUUUUUAUAUUAUAUAUUUGUUUAAAUGUAUCUUAGUGGCCAGAGACUGAGUUCAAGGUUUUAUUCCAGAGACUUAAGCUAAGUAUUUUUUCACUCUUUUAUUCAGUGAUUAGAUUUUAAAAAAAAAGAUGAUUUAUUUCACUUUUUCAUUAAUUUCUCCUAAGUUGUAAUGUUUAAAUGCUGGUUUUUAAUAUCCAGGGAAGGUUCUUAGCUACAUUUUCACAGUGGUUUAUUCAGUUUUUCUUUAACAGUUAUCUUUUGGUAUCAACAUUCCACUUAAUAUUUUAUAAACUUUGUAGGAAUGUGCCUAUUUAGGCAGUUACUGACUUAAUCUGUUAGGCCCUAAGUAAAGUAUUUUACAGUACUGGCAAUUCCUGGGUUACAGAUGAGGUACGUUCCCAAGAACGUCUUUAGUUAAGAUUUGUAUGUAACUUGUUGGAUCCCCGAUGAACAGCACAUAUGCAGUAGUAAUAAUAAUAAUGGCUCAUGUGUGGUAAUAAUACAGCAUAUAUUGUAAUAAAUUACAGAAACUAGUAUCACCUUUUUAAUUCAAACAUACAGAGCAUAAAAACAAACUCACACAAAAAGUUUAGAUAGGUGACAGGAGAAAAUAAUAAAGGUUAACACUCACCUAAUGUUUAACCACUGUCUGUCUUACUGGACGGGGCCUAUUUGAGGCAAGAAGGGAAGCCGACAUUAAUUGGAAGAUCAUAGAGAUGCUGUUGGAGAGGAUGGAGUGGGUACUAGAGAAUCAGGAUCUGAUUCUUUUGCUGGAAGAGGGAAGCUUAUCAUUGAAGUUGGUUUCUUGGCCUUUUUCUUUCUUCAUCAUAAAUGGCCUUGUAGCAGCUGAUGUUUCCACUCACUGCAUGAUAAACCUCUGAACUGCUCAUUGUGAGAUCUUGCUCCUCAAGCUUAGCAAAUCCUGCUUCAGAGAGACCAAAGGCUAAUUCUUUUGUCCUAAACUUUCUUGGCUCUGGAUCUUCUGAUUCCUCGUGUUCUUAUAUUUCUGUCAGCUGCUUCUCCAUCUGUGAGACUAGCCACUAGCAAGGCAUAAAGAUAGCUGUACCAACAAACCGCUAAUGCCAUGUGGGUUUUACAUCCUGGAAGAAACUAGUUCCUGAAUUAUUAAUUGAAUUAUAAAUUAUCCUUCAGGGGAGCUUGUGAGCUCGUUCAUAAGUUUGGAAUGCUGAAAGUUGGGUCAUCCGUAACCCAGGGACUACCUGGAUUUUAGGCCAUUUAAGUAAAAUGAUUAAGCUUCUUGUUUUCCCAUGAUUUUCUUAAAAGGUUGAUUUAAAGAUAUGAUCAAGUAUACCCCAAAAGUUGGAAACAUUUCAAAAUGUAGAACAAAUGCUGAAAAAUUGUUUUAUCAAGAAAGUUCAAUUAAGGAUUUGAGAAGCUUAUAAAGGAUCAGUAGGGUAAUAGCCACGCUUACAGUGUCUAACAUAUAGUGCUUUUUUUUCCUUUUUGUACAACAAUGAAUUUGUGUCAUGUGUUUUAUAUUCUAUAUCAUUAAACAUGCCAUAAUCUCAUCUUAAAACUGAUGUUAAAAAUCCCUACACUUCUAUAGGUAUACUAAUUUUUUUAAGCUAUAAUUGUAUUUUAAAUCUUUUUGCAAUUUUUGAAACAGCUUUUGUCCCUAAAAAUUCUACCAUAUUGAAAAUGUGUGGAGUAUAUUUUCUAUAGUAAGUAAUAUGAAGAAAACAUGAUUAGUUGUGCCAAAGAAGUUUUCUAUAUUGUUUACACAAAAAGUCCACAGUACUUAUUGGAGAUUUCAUAUGGUAUUUUUGUUCAAUGAAACACUACAUUUAGGCUUAGUAGCUUUGAAACCAUUGGAAGAAUGUUCCUCUUAAAACUAUUUUGUUCUGUUUUGUUAAGAAGAGGAAGAUGAGCUGAACUCACCACAUUCAUUCUCUGUAUUAGAAGUGUAGGUGAGUGAUUCCCUGCAACAUUUAGAGCUUAGGAUCAGAUUUUGGGACUUAAUAGUCACAAGGCCAGUCUCACGUGUAAGACAGUACACAUAAUGUCAGUUCAGGGACAAAGGAGGCCUCAGAGUCCUUAAAAUAAGUUAUCUUAGAUGUGCUAGAACACACAUAGAGCUUUCUUCCAUCAGCUUAAGACUUUAAUACUUGUAGAAAUGCAAAUACUCUUGAGAAAUGGUACCUUUAUUCUCAAUUCUGUGUACUUUAUUGUGAGUGAGGUAUCCAAAGCAAUUUUCCAUCUUUCUGGGGGAUAGAAGGAAGGUAUAAAAUGCGGACAUGGGAAAUUUUAGAAAGAAGAAUGAGGAAGUGGAUAAGAAGAACUUUGAAAAUUUUAGGCUGGUUUUGAGCACUAUUUCUGUUUUCCUAAGAACCAUCAAAUUGUUUAAAUGCUUUAUUCAUGGUCCACUCUCAACUGACAUUUAUUAUCCUAUAAUAAUUAAUUAAAAAAUUAAUUUUUCCCUAUACAUUUUUAUAACAUAGAAGGAAAUGGAAGAUUCCACAGUUGUUAAAAAUUUUCAGAUUUGUCUACUGUAUGCAGUAAUUUGUGCAUCUUAACAUGCUGCUAAAUGCAGAUUUAAACAUGACAUCUGAGGAUCAUGACUUUUCCUCCUUUAUUGGAGUUCUUGGUAUAUAAAAUUCAUCUGCUAUUAUGAAAUAGGGUUUCUACAUUAGCUCAUUUCACCCUAAAGAUAGUUUGUUACUGUUUGCAUGAGGAAACAAUGUAUGUCUCAAUCUUUAAUUUUAGGUAGUAGUCUUUCAUUUUAGGUGGUAGUAUACAGUUUUCACCCCUUCGAAAAGAAUGCUGAAUUAUAUGCCAGUAUUUCCAUGUGUAUUUUGUUGCCUUGAUGUACUAUACUUGUUGCAUGUUUAUUAAACAUUUUGUACCAUGCAUUAGUAGUCUUUUUUUCUCAACAAAAAUUUACCUGAUUCAAGCUGUACACUGAUCUUUUGUUUUAACAAAUGUGGUAAAUAUAUAUUAUUUCACACCUAAAAUUCACUUGGAGAAAUUCUUAUUUCAACUCAUAUCAGCUUAAAUACUCUAUUUUUAAAAAGUAACAUUUUAUGCUUAAGGAUACAAAACAUCUUACGUGGUAUAGGUUAGCAUUGGUUCUGGCAGUGUUACUGAUUUAAUUAUACAA